AUAGCUCCGCUACUUUUGGCAGAAGUCAGCUUGGCCCCAGGCUCAGGUGAUAUUGCGUAAAACUAUUUACUAGCCGCUCGUUUAUCGGGUUGUAUCUCGCACAGCACUAGAAUAAUCGUGAAUCGUUAGCAAAUCCUUCGAGUUCGCCAAGCGCCAUCAUGGUUGUGGGAGCGUUUCCGGCCGCCAAGCUUGGCGUGCUGGCCAUGAAACAGAUCUCCAAACCGAUCGCCAAUCUGCUCAAGGAGCGGGCCAAAAACAGUCCCUUCUUUCGGAAGUACGUUUGCAUGCCGCCGGCACAGUUUUACAACUGGAUGGAGGUGAAGACGAAAAUGUGGGCACUCAAUCUCGGCAAACCCACCACCGUGCCCGUGCUGAACGAAGCGAUGGCCAUCGAUCUGGGCGCGAACUUGCUGGGCGAAAUCGUCAUCUUUACCAUCGGUGCCGGUUUACUUCUGCUGGAGUAUCAAAGGCAAGCACGAAAGGAAGCGAUGAAGGAGGAGAUGGCACUGCAGGAAAAGCUAGAACUGCAGGCCACUAUUAACGAUCUGAACUUCCAAAUCCAACGAUUGGAUACACAGCUGCGUGAAGUGGCGCGAGUCACUGCGGAUCUGGAAUCGAAAUCAUCUUGGAAACCCAAAAUACUGGACGAGCUACCGUUCACGACGAAGAAAAACAAGCACGAGCAGCCCCUGUACAUCCCUGCCACACCCGAACGGAAGGAUGCUCCCAACGCGGCCAGUGGUAAUAGAGGUGUCAUAUCCAAUGCGUUGGAGAUUAUCGAUAAUGAAGUUUUUUAUAGGGACAGCUCAGCAGACGGAGCCGAAGAGGAACACACAGACCAACGCCGACAAGGCAUAGUCACACGUAGCUUAAAUUACCUUCUCAAAGUCAACACUAGACCCUCGAACGGCAUCGACAGGGAAGGAUAGAGACACGCUUUCGGUGUAAGACGGUUCAAAGACAUUGGUUCUAGCUAGCGUACCAGAGACGCGUAUCUCUUUUUUAUACCGCUUAUAACAAUUUAUCUUUAAUUUAUAAUAGUUUAACAAGCAUGACGCAAUGUCCCUCGACGGGCUCGUCGUGCAGGUUGUAAACAACAAGCAUGUAAAACAUGCAAAGCAAGCAAAUGCAUAGAUAUGAUAUAAUGUGCGAUAAAGAAGCAUCAAAAGUCCGCUCGCAAUCAAUUGUUAGUUAGAGCAUCGUUAAUUGCAUUUUACCUGUACUUACUCCCGUACCGGCUGUUUGGUUUGCUUAGUUGCAUUGUUCCUUCGGGUCCCGAUUUCCUUUCCCUCUGUGUGAAUGAUUGUAAAUAAGGGAUUUCUAAGCGAUUGGUUACUAUCAUUUGAAUAUCAGAUUUCGUAAAGCACAAUUCAAUUACGGUGUUACAUCAAAGAGAACCAGCAACCAGUAAGAUAGAUUGCUUUCGUUCUCCUUGUUCCCCUUCCCUAAGGAAAGCAGGCUAAACAGGGCGAUGAACCAUUCGGCAAAAUUGGCCAUGCCAUUCCUUGCUUUCUGGCCACUGUCGAAUUUCUGUCGAAUGAAGCGGCUUCUCCGGCUGAUGGUGCCGAUGCCGAUCGUUGUGUUCCGCGAGAGCCACAGAAGCCAAACAUGAAAACUCGUCAACGUACAAUGCUGUGGUGGUGUCGUCGUCACACCGUCGUGUAAAUAAUUGAUUGUGAGUGCGGAGUAGCAAAAGCAGCAAACACAAGAAGGAAUAAACAACAACGAAAUAUUAA